AUGCCGGUAAAUGGAUCCUGGAGUGCCUGGGGAGAGUACAGUUCUUGUGACAAAUCCUGUGGUGGCGGUUGGAAACUACGAUUCAGGAAAUGUAAUUCUCCCGCCCAAGCACACGGUGGAAUUCCUUGCAUCGGUGAUUCUGUAGAACCGAGAGGAUUUGAUGGAAAUUGGUCAGCGUGGCCAGCGUUUGGUCAGUGUAGCACUAGUUGUGGAAAAGGUGUUCAGAACAGAACGCGCACCUGUUCCGAUCCAGCUCCUCAGUACGGGGGUCAUGGUUGUCAUGGGAUAUCAACUGACAGCAGACCUUGCAGUCUGACAGAAUGUCCAGUUGAUGGAAUGUGGGGUCAAUGGGGUCAUUUCCGUCCAUGUGACAUGUCAUGUGGUGGAGGAAUACAUAUCAAACUCCGACAAUGUAACAAUCCACCGCCAUCUCAUGGUGGCCUCCCCUGCCCAGGUCAUCCAGUGCAAACAGAGGCCUGCAACUCGCAACCAUGCCCAGUGACAGAUCUCUUUCUCGCCAGCACUGCGACUCGGGAUUUCGGUUUACAAAGACUCAUCAAAAGAAUCAGUCGCUAA